AUGGCCUCCCAACACGUCUGGAAGCCGGCGAUGAACGUGCGCACUGUCAUCCUGAAGGUGACGCCGGCACCAGUGAACCUCUCUGAGCGUCGCGCCAUCCUGCGAGCCCUCAAGCAGCACGGUGAGAUUGAGGUGUUUAAACGUCUCCACGACCCCUCGUCCUUCAUCUCCGUCGCAGCAACAGAAACCACCGCCCGCGGUCUAGUCGCCCGCAGUCCGCUGCAGUUCGACUAUGCUCCCGCUGCCUCCGCCGCAAACUCCUCCGUUUCCCCGUUAUCAUCAUCGCCCACACAACCCGACCACAACCCCAACUCCAAGACUUUCCUCGUCAAAAUCCUCCCCAAGCCCGACUACGAGCAUACCCCACGCCUGCGCGAAUCGUUACUCUUCGGCCGCUGGCCGCAGCCGCACUGGUUGUUUUCGCAGACGUCGUUCCCGACGGCCGUGCUCAGGCGGUCGGUGCCAAGAGAUAUGGCGUGGUUUGGGCUGGUUGAUUGGGAGUCCGGGGCGCAGGUCGAAGGGCAGGAAGUCAUGCUCGCGGGGUUGAAUUCGGAUCGCGAUUUUAUGCUGGCUAGGAGGAUUAGGCAGAUGAAUAAGCCGGCUUUUGACAGCCUUCUUGAUGCGUGGAGGAGGGGGGCAGAGGAAAGGGGGGAGUUGGGGCAGCUGGAGGCUGGGGACGUGCUGGGCCAGCUGGCGGCGAGGAAUGCUGAGAAGAAGGAGCAGGAGUCUUAA